CUUAUCUUAUAUAUAGGAUCGGAGGGAGUAUUUUGUAGAUUCAUUGAACCUCCUGUCCAACAUCCGUCUGCAUCGCCUGUUGUUCUGUUAAUUGCUUUCUACUGCCAAUACCAAGGUCAGUGAGUAAUUUCCACUUCUCUCUGUUCCGAUUUUUUCUCGGUUUAUACUAUACAAGCAAGCUACUCUCACUAAUCACUAGUAUUUAUUUAUCAAUAAUCACUUUCUUGUGUUUUCAUUUAGCUUCUUAUGAUAACUUAUUUAUCAAUCCAACUCCAACCUUCUCAUUUAGCUUCUUAUGAUAACUUAUUUUCUCUGUGUUUGUUGUUUUGAUUUACUAUUUAUUUUGUUUUUGUUGAUCCUUUUUGCAAUUUAGUGUAUCCAUGAAAAGAAAAAAGCUUUCAAUUCCCUCUGCAAGGUUUAGCCAAAGAUGCAAUAAGGCAAAAGGGAAAGUUGUUGAUGAGAUGCAAAAUCAUGAACUUUGCCCUUACUUUGAUAAUAUUCCAUCUCACCUCACUGUUCAAAUUUUGCUUCAACUUCCGAUUAAGUCUCUUCUCAUUUGUAAAUGUGUCUGCAAAAUCUGGAAAACACUCAUUUCAGAUCCACAUUUUGCUAAAUUGCACUUUCAGAAAACACCUGCUAGUCUCAUGAUUCGGACACUCGACCAUAGACGAGUGUCAAGAACCCUAUACCUUCUUGAAUGUGAACCUGAAAAAUAUGAGAUUGGAAGUGACAGGUGUUUGAAGCUUCAGCCUAUAUUCAAGCUUCCUCUUCGUGAUGCCAAAUCAUUAAGGGAGAAAGUGAUGAAUAAACCCAAGCGUCCUGUUCGUGCUAUGAGAUUAGUUUUGGAGAAAAACACUGACAAGAACAAUGAUGGGGAUAGUCAAAUGCUUAAUGUUGAUGUCAAGCCACAUUAUGAUAGUUUUGGUAUUGUGAAUUCUUGCAAUGGCUUGUUUUGUUUGUGUUGCCCAUUUGAAGGAAGCCCUUUAGUGAUUUGCAAUCCAGUCACUGGUGAAUUUAUGAGACUUCCUAAAGCUACUUACACCCCAUCUGUCCCACAAAUAGGGCAAUUUGUGACUUCUAAUCGAUUAAGUAAUCUAGAACCAGUUGGUUUUGGUUUUGGUUUCCAACCUAAAACUAAUGAAUAUAAGGUGAUACAAAUUUGGAAGAAAUUUGUUAGAAAUAACAACCACCGGGUGUUUGAGCGUAUGAUUUUUGAGAUAAACACACUUGGAAUGCCAUCAUGGAGAAAUGUUGAAGUGGAUCCUCAAGUUUCUAAUUCGAGGCUUGAGUAUCCCACUUGUUUGAAUGGUGUGAUUCAUUGGAUCAGAUUUGAGGGUCAGACUCAGAAUAGGUCUAUAUUGUGUUUUUGUUUAGAAAGUGAGAGUUUGCAAUCAUUUCCUUCUCCUCCACAUGUGUUUAAUAAUCAUAAUAUAAUUUCCCCUGAUGAGUGUAUCCGCAUGGGAGAAUCAAGGGGAUUGCUUUACAUUUGCGAUGCAUCUUUCGAUUAUGUUACAAUGUGGGUUAUGAAUGAAUAUGGCAUUGGAGAAUCAUGGACUAAGGUUUACAACAUUGAUACUUCAAUCAGUUCUUUGGGCAGACCAGAUCGGCAUUAUGGUUUAUGUUGGCCGCUAAAACACUUUGAAGAUGGUGCUUCCAUAUUGUUAUAUCAUUCUCAAAAUCGUCUUAUCUACUACGAACCUGAGAAAUAUGGGUUCAAAGUUUUUCGAAUUUGUGGGACUGAUUCGAUACUAGUUCAAAUAAUUCCACACACUCCAAGUCUAAUCUCAUUAAAAGAUGCUGCGAAAGGAGACAAUAUUGAGGUGCUGAAUAUCUACUCAAUGUGUGCAAAAGUUAAAUUGCGCGAAGAAAAUGAAGUACUUUCCUUGUUUCAACAACUUGUUUGGAACGUGGGACGUAAACGUUCUUCAUCAUCUUAUCGUAUUCGGUGAUCAACCUGUUUCUUAAGAAGAGU